AUGGCGACCAUGAUACAAGCAGAGAGCGUAUCCACCACGCAGCUCAAGGAGAUAGGCACUAUAGCGGUCCAGGAGAUACCCAGCAGCGACAAGCCAGCCUUGUUGCUGCUACACGGGGAGGCCGAGGAUGAUAUCGUCGGUAUAUUUGCGGACGUGCUGGGACAACCGUGGGAGACGACGACGUCGCUUGAAGAUGUAAAGUCAGGGCCUCGGGGAACUAUAUAUGGCAUGCGCAGCAGCCUGGCUGUGUCGCAAGCGGGCAGCUGGGACCGGUCGCGCAUCCUCAUAAACACACAUUGCGUAGACGGCCCGCACCCACGAGACGACAGCAUCACCGAGAGCUGCGACUACGAGUAUCUCUACACUGUGUCGACUUUCUUUCGAAGAGACGUGGCGCGCUUUCUGUCCCUCAUUCUGGGCCAGAUCAGUCCUCACAGAGACCUCACUAAAAAAGCGCGCACCACACUAAUAUCCACCACCUUUCCCGAUGUCCACGCCGCGCUUCCAAACCUAGACAUAUUGUCAGUAGGCGCGGACGCAAUAGAGAUCAGAGUCGACCUGUUAGAGGAGCCUUUGCCGGACGGGGGCGUCAGCAGAGUUCCCAGUCUGAAGUACGUAGGGGAGCAACUCAUGCUCCUGCGGCAGCGAACCGAGCUGCCAAUCAUCUACACCACAAGAUGUACCAAGGAGAACGGCCGCUUCCCGAUGGAUGACCCUAAUCUCUUCUUCAAAUACCUCACCCGUGCGAUUCAAUGGGGCUGCGAGUACGUUGACGUCGAGCUCUGGCUUCCCGAUGAUAUCCGAAGGAAAUUGGCCGAGCGCAAAGGAUGCAGCAAAAUAAUUUCCGCCUUCCAUGACUUCUCGGGAAAUUUCAAGUGGCUCGCGCCGGAGACACAGACCCUGUUUGAACGGGGAGCGGUGUACGGAGACAUUGUUAAGAUGUAUGUGCUGGUGAACUCGAUGCAAGAGAACAUGGAGCUUGAGUACUUCAGGACAACUAUCCAAACGAAGUAUCCGCACCCACCAUUUUCCGGCCUGAACAUGGGGCCCACCGGACAACUUACCAGGACCUUGAAUAAGAUAUUUACCCCGAUAACGCACCCACUUUUACCAAUGAUCGCGGCUCCCGGUCAAUUAAGUGCUGCCCAGAUUAAUUCGGCUCUUCACAGCAUGGGUCAAAUGCCUAAGCUAGACAUAUACGGUAUCGGCAGCUUCAGGUCAACAUCGCAGGCCAUGUUCUUCGAAAAAUGCUUCAACGAACUGAGCCUACCGCAUCAGUUCACGUUCGCGGAGCGUGCGCCCAAAGCCUCGAUCGAAUAUAUCCUGCGGCGACCGAAGUUUGGCGGAGCGUACAUCAGCCCGCCCCUGGUAGCAGCAUCUGCACCAUAUCUUCCGGCCUUGUCGAAUGCUGCGCGCGCAAUUGGGCAGGUGGAUACUGUCUUGGUGCGGCAAGAGAACGGACAGCAAGUGUUCAUUGGCGACAAUGCGACGUGGAAGGGUAUUCGAGCAACACUUAGCCGCGACUUUGUGCCGUCGGCGUACAGUAGACGAGCGGCAUUGCUGUUGGCGAAUUCAGAGGCGGACGCGUCGGCUUCGAUUUUUGCAUUGAAGAGCCUGGGUAUAGGGCCCGUCUAUACCAUUGGCUUUAAGGCGAAGGGCUCGCUGUCGGCUGAGGUGGAGCCCGUCCGGUCGGUGGAGGAUAUGAAGCGACUGGAGCAGCCGUUUGUGAUCAUAUCAGCGCUGCCCGCAGAGAAGUCGCUGCUGGUAGUGCCACUGCUGAAACACUACCGGGUCAACGGUAAGAACGGCGUUAGCAACGGCGGGCACGGGAUGAAGGUGUCAGGCAAGGUGUUCGUGGACCUAGCCAGCGGGCCUCGCAAGGUCGACCCACUGGGUAUAGCAACGUCAGCGGGCUGGACGGCGUACGGGAGCGCGGACGUGUCUGCAUGGACGACGGUGGAGAUGAUACGGCUGCUGGUGGGCCAGAAUACGCCCUACGAUUUCGUCCAGCUAGCGUCUGGCGUGGGCAGGGGCUUGUUUUAA